UGGCUCAAGGGAAGCGUCUCUAAGCUCGCAGCAAGCAUUCAAGGCGUGUGCGUUGCCUGUUGGGUGAGCUGUGGAAUCCCGAGCCCAGAUGGCGGAACUCGACGAGGAGGAAGUGGCGGCCCCUGAGGUCGAGAAGGAGGAGGAGGUGACGGAUGUCAAUGGAGCAGUUCGCGGUGUUUUGAAGAAGUCCCUCAUGGUGGAUGGCGUCAUCCGGGGAUUGCACGAGGUUGCCAAGAAUGUUGAAGCUGGCAGGGCACAGGUUGUGUUCCUGGCGGAGUCCUGCAAUGAAGCCACCUACAAGAAGCUCAUCCAGGGCCUGUGUCUGGAGAAGAAUGUGCCGCUGAUCGAUGUGCCCGACAACAAGAGCCUGGGUGAGUGGGCAGGCCUUUGCAAGAUCGACAAGGAUGGCCACCCCAGAAAGGUGGUGGGUGCCAGCUGCGUGGCCGUGGUGGAUUUUGGUGAGGAGGGUCAGGCGUACGACUUCAUGAUGAAGCACUUGGGCAAGUGAAGACAAGAGUCGCAGCGAGUCCGGAGACGAAAUGACGC